CACCAAUGAUCGAAUGUCAUAUUUAGAAGUUAGUUUCAAAAUAGUGUCGCUGACAUAUCCGUGCGAAGUAUGGAGGAUGUAAUUGUGUCCGGAUGCAUACACCUCGGCAUUGCUUCAGGUUUUCCGCGUCAGUUAGCCUGGUGAUUCCUGCAUGAUGUGUUGUAAAGCUGUGAAUAGGUGGGUAUGGGGUAGCCCUCACAACAUGGUUGUUUGAUGCCAUCAUUCUCACCUGCUGCAGCUUCUCGCAAUCUGGUUAACGGCAAGGCGGAACCGUGACUGGUGAACACGAAUACUGCGGUAGACAAGACUAAGAAACGACCGGACUCUAGUUCACUUGCAGCAGCUUCCACAAUAGUUGCCACAGGUUUGACAGGUCUGUAUUACGUGGCUCCUUCUGAGAUCCACUUUACCGUGACACUGAGUAACUGAAAUGCUAAUCGCUAUCAUCUCGACCCUCGUAACUCCACUACGCCGUCUCGAGCUUCGUUGUGCGGAGUGAUUACGCAGGGAAUACCUCGACUGGAAGUUCAGAAUGAUCGCUUUGAGCAGAUACGACGAUGAACGACAUGACAACUUUGGAGGUCGCUCUGCAAGAAGAAUUUCCAUUCCUGCGGAAUAUUUUCGUUGCACUGACUCGAUACGUGUGGAGCGUUCCCGUCUGUUUUGGAAUUCCCGGCAACAUUCUGACGAUUAUAGUAGCCAAUAGAAAGCACAACCGGAGGGUGUCUCCAUGUAUCUAUAUGACUGCUAUGGCCGUUGUUGACACAAUCUUCCUGUUAGAUUUGCUCUGGUUUUAUUCAAUUUUCAACACGGGUCAACUUGAUGGAAUCACGACUAAAGCUACAAGAGGAAUUAUGGCAAGAGUACAUGGCUACAUGAUUUUGACAUGCAGUUCCCUUUCGGGCCUUUUCCUAUCAGGCAUGUCGGUCGACCGGUUUGUCGCUGUCCGCUUCCCCAUGGCUGCCAAAGGCCUCUGUACCCCAAGAAGGGCCAAGUUGACCAUCUCCGCCAUGAUCCUACUAAUGGUUAUCAACGUGCAUCUGUUCUUUGUGUAUAAGUACGUGGAAUAUCCAAGUUCAGGCGUAAGAAUGCUGUUGUAUGACGUACCAAUAGAAAUAGAGAAGACCGCGUCACUAUUCAGUGUACUGGUUGGGACUGUUUGUCCAUUUACCAUCAUAUUGGGUAGUAAUUUAGGUAUCAUUAUCACGCUGUGGAAAGCCUCGAUCAACAGACGAAAACUUAAAGCGACUGCAGGAGCAAACCAAGAGGAAGGGAAAGAAACAGGACACCUGACAGUCAUGUUGAUGUUUGUUAGUCUAGCCUACGUCGUGACGACACUUCCGUUCCGUGUGUUUGAUCCAAUCAUGGAGCUACCGGAACUGGCGGCCAUUUAUGACAUGACUCAGCAAUAUUGGCAGUUGAGGUUUGGUAUCGGCACGUUUGCUCUGGCGAACAUCUGGUUCUUUAACUACGCUGUUAAUUUCUAUCUGUAUUGUAUAUUUGGAGGACGACGUUAUAGAAAUGAUGCAAAAGAGGUACUUCAUUCUAUUCUUUGGUGUAGGAAAUCCAAAUGAGAAUUUAAAUAGCUUUUUUCAUUUUGAGAAAAAAAUUAACAUUAAAAUGACAACAGCCUCCAUAAUAUUAUUGGCAAUUACACUUAUUUUCUAAAAACAGUAAAGUUGAGUUCUUGACACGAACCUGUUCAAACAGUUCGCUUAUUUACUAAGAACGUUACAAAAACAGUAUCGUAUUCGCUCUGCAUAUAUAUUUACCAUGAUUGCCAGGUCCGGAUACCACGCGUGGUUAAGAUACGUGACCGACCAACUAAAUGACAGCAAUUUGGACUCUGAAUUCUUUUAUUGUGUCACAACACGGGGGAAGGCACUUAAUUGAAUCCUGGACAGAAUACACAAUUAGAAGAAAUAAAUAAAAAUAGCCUGCGCUGUCGUGAAUUAAAUCAGGAUGAGCCUUUGUUAAUCAAUACAACAUUGUCCUUCGAACUGAAAGGAGCAUAUCAUAGCCCAUAACAUUUUGAAGAAGAAGUCGAUUAUUCGUCAAUUAAAAUUAUUUUUUUGUAAUUUUUAAUUGACGAAUAGUUGAUUUCUUUUAUUUUUUACUGAUUAUUUCAUGAAGCUAUGAGGUAUUCUAUUUCUUGCCUAUUACCGCUGUGCAGUGCUCUGUGACAAGUGAACAACUCCCAAUGCACUGUCAUCAACGACUCACAUCCGUGGCAGAAGUAAUGUGCGCUAUAUCUAAACAAAUCACCUAUACUUUGUUCAAUCGUUGCACAAUCCCGCUUUGAAGAAAGCGGCAGCUUCAUUAGACGGUUAGUGAAGUGCUAUAUUCUGUGAGUAGAAUGUAGACCUUUGAACUCAUUUCUCGGAUGCUGAUGGCAAAUACAAAAACAAAAUCUGCAGAAAAUGCAAACACCGAAAGAUGCUGUAGUGCUAGGAGACUGACAUACAGUAUACAAACAUAUUGCAAACGGCGGCGAUAUAGGAAUAUUGCAAAUGGCGGCGAUUGAUUGUUUCUGUUCUAUGUUGCAUAUGAUGGACGACUAUUUGCCCUUGAUUAAGUGUUCAGCCUGUGUUCUUCACGUGGCAAUCAAAAUAAGCCAUUAUUCACCAAGAGUAUGCAUUUGUCUUCUUUACAACGUACUUGUAAUAGCAGCGUGAACUGUGACAGUGGUAAUAUGAGGCGAGGUUAUGGAGAGUGAUUGGCAACUACAAGAUCAAUAAAUAAAAUGGCCCUCAGUGCAAGAACUACUUCAGUUACUUAUCGAAACAUAUGAACGACCAUUGCAAAAGUCAACUUUAGACCACAGAGAAAAACUUUGAACCCUCAAAUAUCUCAAGUUUUUUUAGGGUCGGAGUGUAGGUCUACCCAUCUGCAGUUCACAGAAGCGACUACAUACUAGAAUUCACUUAGUCAUAGACACCUCCUGUUGUCUGUCCAUCUCGGUCCGCCCCGGGUUCACUGAUAUUGAUAUUGCCUGGUAUAAAUGCAGUCUUUUAUCCUUAAGUGGUAAAGCUAAACAUCAAAGACGGUAAACAGCGGAUAGCCAAGGGACGGAAUGCCUCUAUCAAAGCGUGAACAUUGCUUGGAGGAUCGAAAAAGAAUUUCGCCCUGAAUCUGUCGAUAUAUGGGAAUGAUACUGGAUAAAAUACCACAAGUUUAACUUUGGUAAACAGGAACAGGCGACCAUUUUAAUCCGAUGCAAAUAUAAAACCAGCGCAUCGUCUACAAAGGACACAAUUUAUAGCUUUGAGUACAAUUGGUAUGCGAAUCAGGGGCCACCAAAGUAUAUUCAU